CAAAGUUUUCUAGAUAAGCACUCCGUACAAAUAAUAAAUAAAAUAGGGUCCCCGUCUAAGACCGGUUGAUGGAUAAACCUCGCCCGGAGCACCAAUCAAUAGCACAGAGGAUGAAAUAGUAGAUAUACAUUCAUAAAUCAUGGUACAACAGUCAUCAUGAAAACCUAACUUCUUGAAAAUUGCAAGUAAUGGGGUUCUUAAAAGUACAGUUUUAAGUUAAAACGGGCACUCUCAAAAUCUCAAUGACAACCAUCUGAUGGCGCCCAAAAUCUUUCAGUUCUGAGAUAGAAAUGGAUGAACAAGAUAACAUCGAUAAUGUGGUGGUGAAUCUCACUGGUGAAGAAGAAAUAUCGGAUAACGACGAUUCACUUAAUGAUUCAGAAGAUACUUGGAAUGUUAAUUUUAAAGUUGUCUUGAAUUCUUCUACUUCUCAAUCAAACCUGGAUGGGGAUGGGAAUGGGGUUUCUUUUUCUCAAGAAAUCCAGUCUCCUUGUUUCGAUCAGAUGGAAAGAUUGUCUAUUUCUUCUGAAGAAAUGAUUAAUGAUUUGUUGCAAACAACACCACCAAUUCAUGGAUCUAGGAGCUCGGGAACAAAUGCAGAUAGUGAGGGUAAUGUGUUCGACGAUAUUCCUGAAUCAGAAGAUGAGCCACGCUUUAAAUUCAUGGCAAAUUCGAAGUUACAAUGCUCCUCCAAUGAUCAAUCUCUUCGUUGUGCUGAAUUAGGUAAUAAAGAUAGAAGUAGUGAAUUACCUGAUGCUUUAAUUCAUCACAUCUUUUCUUUCCUAGACAUCAGAUAUGUUCUACAAACAUGUAUUCUGUCGAGAAGAUGGAGGUAUCUUCUCUACCUACUUUGAGAAUAUCCGAUCACUCUAUGGAUUGGAAUUUUGAUGAUAGUUUUGAGGCGUUGAAUAAGUACAUUGUUUUUGUGGAUAGAUUACUACUUCUGUGUGAUAGUUCAUCAGAUAUCCAAACCUUCAAACUUAAAUGGGAAAACGUUGGUAACUUCCUAAGUGAUUUGGAUUUCAAGUACAACGUUUCAAGACAUAUCGCCACAUGGAUCAUGGCUGUUGUUAAGCAUAAUGUUCAAGAGCUAAAUCUUAGUAUGUUUCUAAGACAGAUGCUUAAAUUGCCAGACUGUUUGUUCACCUGUAAAUCACUGACAACGUUGAGGUUUUAUGGAUUUGGUAGGGAUUUGACAGCCUUUGGUCUGCCUGAUAAUACAGAGUAUAAUUUCCCUCUGUUAAGAUAUCUGGCACUUAAGGGAGUCUCAAUUGGCAAUGAAAACUUAACUAGUAAGUUUUUUUCAAGCUGCCCAGUUUUAGAGUCUUUGGUGUUAACAGAGUGCAGUAUAAAGUUCGAUUUUUCCUCUCUUAGUCUUAAACACUUUCAACUGGACAAUUGUGAUGACGUUUGUGAGUCAAUUGAUUACUAUGACAUCACUGUUAAGUUAUCUGCUCCAAAUCUGACAUCCCUUCUCUGCAAAGAUUAUAUGUCACAAAACUAUUCUCUAGAGAAACUUUCUUCUCUAGUUACCGCUGAUAUUGGAAUGAACGUUAGUGAGGAUUAUACACCGGGAAAACUGAAAACUAUUUCAGAGCUUACUACAGAGGUGAAAGGGUUGUACGGUGCUCGAAUGAUAAAAAUUAUAAGAGCGGUCCACAAAGUGACAUAUCUUACGUUGUCCUCACCUGGGUUCCUCGAGGUUGUCUCCAAAUCUCUCGACUCGCUAGGUGACCCCUACGUUCAGUUGAGUAAUCUAUGGUUUUUGAAGGUUAAAACAUAGGUGUCGAAAAACUGCAUGAACUCGAUAGCAUACUUGGUUAAGAUAUCCCCUAAUAUCGAAUCGAUUUUCUUAACAAUAGAGCAGGUACAACUCUCAUCAUUGUAAACAUACUUAGUUUUGUCAGAACUUUUCUGUUUCUCCAUGUAAUUAUUAUUUCCAUUUUCUUGUUGGUGUUUAGACAAAGUUAAAUGCAAACAACACAGGAGGUGAUUGGAUAGUAGGGUCAGAAUUUCCUUGCCUGAACUUCCUCAAGUUUGUUGAAAUUGAGGGUAUCCAAAGAUGUCUUUAACGAACUCAACUUGCAUUUCCUAAAACUUCUUCAAGCGUCUCAAUCUCGAUUCAAUCUUAGGCGACAUUGAAAAUUUAAAGUUAGAUUAAUGUGUUGCUCCCGCUUAGUCUGAACACUUGCAUUUUUAAAUGACUCUUGAAAUUAGAUUUCCCUCUUCUUCUGACUUAUGAGACUAUAAAUGAUUUAUCUUCUUAUGUGUUGCUUUAGGUAUAAUUUCUGCAUCAUGUUUUGUUUUUUGUCUAGUAGUUGGAGUAGCUUCGACAAUACUUUGAGAAUAAAUUGGCAUUUUAUAGACGUGCGUGCCUUGGCAUAAAGGUCUUGCCUGCGUAAAGAGGAACUAAAGCCGCAUCUAGCCAGCACGACAUGAAAUCAUGAUCUCGACAAACUCUUCCAUUGGGGUUUAUCUCUCUGAAAUAUAAGUAGAGAAUCACAACUAUCUCUGCAAAUUGGUAAAGCUAAAGAGACUAUGAUAGAACAAAAUAACAUCAAUGGGGAAGCUAAUAUGGCAGUAAAUCUCACUGUUGAAGUAAUGAAUGUGAGUUAACAUCAUCUGUAGAAGAAGAAAUCUCACAUGAAGAUUCAGACCUUAUAGAAGAAGAUGCUUGGAAUGUUAAACCUAAAUUUGACUUGAAUUUGUCUCCUUCUAUUGAAUCAGACCUGGAUGGGGAUGGGGUUUCUUUUUCUCCAGCAAUUCAUUCUCCUUGUUUCAAUCAGAUGAAGCGAUUGUCUAUUUCUUCGGUGAAUACUUCGAUUCUUCCAAAUCUCCAUGCUGCUUCUGAAUCUCCUUCAAUUUCUAAUGAUACUGUGGUUAUUGGAGAAAUGAUUGAUGAUGAUAACACUGAUUUGGGUCCUGACAUUACUAAAAAAAUUUCUGAAGAUGAAGUUGAGAUGUUGGAAAGAACACCACCAUUUUUUCAUGAAUUUAAUAGCUUGGAAACAAAUUCAGACAAUGAGGGUAAAGUGUUCGAAGAUUUUACUGAAUCAAAAGAUGACCCACAAAUCCAUACUAGCUCAAAAUUGCAUUGCUCCUCUUAUAAUGAACAAUCUCUUGGUUGUGCUGAAUUAGGUGAAGGAUCAGAAUUUCGGGUGAAGAAGCGUAGUGAAGAUAGAAUCAGUGAAUUACCUGAUGCAUUAAUUCAUCACAUCUUUUCUUUCCUUGACAUGAAAUAUGUUGUACAAACAAGUGUUUUGUCGAGAAGAUGGAGGUAUCUUUGGUUUUCUCUGCCUACCAUAGAAGUAGUGGACAUCCCAUUCAUCAAAGCUGGAGACUCUUACGAAGUCACCUUCAAUAGAUUUAUAAAUUUUGUGGAUAGGUUACUACUUCUGUGUGACAGUUCAGAUAUCCAAUCCUUAAAUCUUGUAUGGCUUACUGUUAAACUCCAUCUUGAUGUAAUCGGCAGGUAUGACAUAACUAGUCGUCUCAGUACAUGGAUCAUGGCUGAGGUUAAGCAUAAUAUUCAAGAGCUACGUCUUACGGUCUUUGCAUGUGAGAUAUUUCAAUUGCCCGACUGUUUGUUCACCAGUAAGUCUCUGACGAAGUUUGUGUUUUGUGGCGCUGGUAUGGAACACACUGGCUUUCUUCUGCCUGAUACAAUGCAUUUCCCUCACCUCAGAUAUCUGGCUCUUUCGGGAGUCAUGCUUGCAGACGGAAACACUUUAAUCAGUGAGAUUUUCACAAGCUGUCCAGUUUUGGAGUCUUUGCUGCUAUCAGACUGCAGUAUAAAUUUAGAUUUUUCUUCUCUUAGUCUUAAACACUUUCAAUUGGACAAUUAUGACUCCUCCGGGCCUACUGAUACCACUGUCAAGCUAUGUGCUCCAAAUCUCAGAUCCAUUAUCUGCAAAGAUUAUAUGUCACAAGAUUAUUUUCUGGAGAAUCUUUCUUCUCUAGUCACUGCUGAUAUUGGAAUGAGAGUAAAAUAUGGUGAUGAGGAUCCUAAACCGGAAAGGCCAAAAAUGUAAUCAGAGCUUGCUACAGAUGUAAACGAGUUGUAUGGUGCUCGAAUGAUAAAAUUAUUAAGAGCAGUCCGUAACGUGACAGAUCUUACGUUGUCCUCCUCACCUGGGUUUCUUGAGGUUGUCUCAGGAUCUCUGGACUUGCUAGCAGGUGACCCCUACUUUCAGUUCUAUAAUCUAAGAUUUUUGAAGGUUGUGAUAUGGGUCUCGAGAAACUGCGUGAAUGUGAUACUUACUUGGUCAAGAUUUCCCCUAAUAUUGAAUCUAUUUUCUUAACAAUAGAGCAGACAGAGUUAAAUACAAACAACACAGGAGGUGACUGGAUAGUAGGGUCGUCGUCAUUUCCUUGCCUGCACUACCUCAAAUUUGCUCAAAUUCAGGGUAUUCAAGGAUGUCUUAAUGAACUCAAGCUUUUGCAAGUUUUGUUGAAGAAAGCCAUUGUCUUGGAAAAAGUUAAGUUUUUCUGUUCAGAAACAGACUCACCUGAUAGAGCUGCACAGCUGGUGGAAUUCAAAGAGUUGCUGCUUGCAUAUCCUAGUGCUUCUUCAAGUGUCUCAAUCUCGAUUCAAUCGUAGGCGACACUGAAAACUUGAUUAAGUAACUCUAGGUCCCUUGACUUUUGAAUACUUCUUCGGCAUUCCUCACAUUGUCAGUGUUGACAUGGUUAGCCAAUACUAUCGAAAGUUUCUGCCCUAAAGGUUUCAGGCGUUGAUGCGCUGUUAUACUUUUCAGACACUUCGACUCCUAUAUUUUGGCGUUUAAACCUACCCGAGCAUAGUCUCACUGUUUUUAAAAAAUAUAAGCGCGCUAUUGUGUGUCUCAAGCCAAAUGCAAAGCCUUUCCGUACA